AUACUAUCCACGCGUGCGCAUAUUAUGCAUUCGAUAUCGGUCAACCAGAUGCCCGGCGCUCGUGAGAACUAAUUUCGAUUUGAUAAAUAAUCAACACUUACGGCAAGAAUGGCCGCUGUUCUACGAAAGUUCAGAGCUUUACAGUCGGCUUUUGCCAAAACGAAUUUGCCCACGCUUACGUCAUCGAGGUAUGUAUAUGUUCGCAGAUUCGUGGCAAGGUCGUCUGAACGUCAAGACAGCAACGAGGGAUGGCUCAGCAAACUUUCGGUCCGCAAAAUCGAGCCGACCAAAGAAUCCCACUCCCGUAUGCUCUCAGACAAAGAGAUAAUAUAUGCAUUAAACACCCACAACAUACGUCCAGAUUCUAUGGACAAAUACCUCGUUAACUAUGAAGAAUACGUGAACCUUAUUCACUCAAAAAAAUCUGAUCUACAAUGCGAUUUAAUCGGAUCUUGGAUCGUGGAAGUUGGAGACAUGGAUCAAGCAUUGCAUCUCUGGCGAUACACAGGAGGAUAUGAACGAGUAGACCGGACUCUACUUACGCUUUCACAGGAUCAGGCAUAUCAACGGCUAGUAAAAGAGCAGGGCAACUAUGUCAGAUCACGGCAUCUCCAGUAUCUGUUAGCAUUCAGUUAUUGGCCACAGCUUGUAAUGAGAGACACUCCAAAUAUAUACGAAAUACGUAGCUACAGCCUGAAACCUGGCACAAUGAUAGAGUGGGGUAACAAUUGGGCAAGGGCGAUCAACUAUAGACGUAACAACGAUGAAGCAUUUGCUGGAUUCUUCUCACAGAUUGGAAGAUUAUACAAUGUUCAUCACAUUUGGUCCUAUAAGGACCUUCAAACGCGUAAGGAAACCCGAGAAAGUGCGUGGAGAUCCCCAGGGUGGGAUAACUGUGUUGCAUACACAGUGCCGCUUAUCAGAGAAAUGCACUCUCGUAUAUUGAGACCUACAUCGUUUUCCACCACUAAGUAAUAUUCCUACUGCCAAUAAGGACAUUAAUUGCAUUUGUACAAUACUUAUUACCUAUAUUUCUAUUUCGUAAAUCAUAGUACUAAUAAUGUAAUAUUGUAAAAAACUAUUUGUUGUAAUAAUGUACACCUUGGAUGAAUCAUGUAAAAAUCAAAGAAUAUAUAUAUUAUCUAUC